UCUCGCAUACUCACGUAACUUUCAAAUUAUAAUUUUCUCUCUUUUUAAUAAUAUUCCGAUUCGUGUUAAUAUAAUGCCAAAGCUAAUAUAAAGCAGGGCUGGCCUGGGGUCCUUAACUAUAAUAAAAAAUUUAGACAUUUGAAAACUUUAGAGACAUGAAAAAACAUAGUUGUAUUAAAUAAUUGUAACACACAUGAGAUAAUCAAGAUGCUUGAAUUUUACUGAAGAUUUAUGUUCCCCAAUUCAGUAGUAGCUGUUGGAGCUUUCUUCUUGGCCUUUUCCUUAUUGAUCUCUCCUAUCUUUGUUAAUUAUUCUAAUAACUGCAUCGAUCUUCCUAGCUACCUCUACUUGUUUUAUUUCAUUUAUAAUAUUCCACUUAUUAAAAAAGCCUUUGUAACAAGCUUUAUAUAAAAUAAUUAUAUUUCAAGCCAUAGCCAUGAUCAUGGAGGUCAUUAAUUACUUAUUUACAUAUAUAUAAAGCAAUAAUGCUUAUAGGGUUUCAAACAUAGUUCAUUCAACCAUUACACAGUUGUGAAACAUGAGCGGCAUUACUUCUUCAACCUCAACACCUCCCUUUUUCAAAAGAUUAGAAGGUAAAGUGGCGAUAGUGACAGGUGGGGCUAGCGGCAUAGGGGAAAGCACAGCCAGACUAUUCGUCCACCACGGAGCAAAAGUUGUUAUUGCCGACAUCCAAGAUGAGCUUGGCAACUCUCUCUGCCAAGAAAUACUCAUCUCCAUUGGUAAUAACGAAGGUUUAGUAUCGGCCAUGGCCAACAUUAUUACCUACUUCCACUGCGAUGUCACCAACGAUACAGACAUGAAAAAUCUCGUUGAUUUCACAGUGUCCAAACACGGCAAACUUGAUAUCAUGUUCAACAAUGCGGGUAUAACCGGUGACGUGGACCCUACCAUCCUCGUCACCGACAAUGAUAACUUCAAGCGUGUACUUGAGGUUAAUCUGUUUGGCUCUUUCUUGGGAGCCAAACAUGCCUCCAGGGUGAUGAUCCCUGCGAGGAAAGGAGUGAUACUGUUCACUUCCAGCGUGGCAGCCGAGUGUAGUGGGGAGUCGCCUCAUGCGUACGCGGCCUCCAAGCACGCGGUGGUGGGGCUGAUGAAGAACCUUUGUGUUGAGCUGGGUCAGUUCGGGAUAAGAGUCAAUGCUGUAUCUCCUUGCGCCAUAGCAACGCCGUUGCUUAGGAACGCGGUAGGGUUAAACAAGAGCGUGGUGGAUCACGUGAUUUGUGCUUCGGCCGUGCUCAAAGGGCCUGCUCCGGAGCCCGAUGACGUGGCUGAGGCUGCCUUGUACUUAGCCAGUCAUGAGUCUAAGUACGUUAAUGGUCUUAAUCUUGUUGUUGAUGGAGGUUACAGCACCACUAAUCGGUCGUUUAGUAUGGCUUUGAAAAGUUUGAUGAAUGAAAACAAUAAUUAAUUUUAGGUAGUUUUGUUUAUUGUUAUUAUGAGCCAAAUAUAUUAAAGUUUUAUUUUUUUCCUUCUCCUUUUGUCUAUUUGUUUUCUUUACCUAGUAAUAAAAUAAGUGUAAUUUACCAA